CCGCCGCCCCGCACCAUGCUGCGGCUCUGCCUGGCGCUGGUGGCCACGGCCCAGCUCGGGCGCUCGGCUCCCGCCCCGCCGCAGCCCGCGGGCGCUCAGUGCAUCGAGCACGUCUGCUUCGGCGUGUUCUGGGGGCGCCAGCGGUUCCCCGGCGCCGGCCGGCUCUGCCAGGCCGGCGGGGGGCAGCUCAUGACGGUGCGCUCCACGGUGGCGGAGGCCGCCAUCGCCCUGCUGGUGCGGAACCGGAGCGACGCCAGCCUGUGGAUCGGGCUGCAGCUGCCCGCGGGCCAGGCGUGCUCGGACCCCGCCCGCCCGCUGCGGGGGUUCCGCUGGGUCACGGGCGACGAGCGCACGGACUACACCCGAUGGAGGCCGGGCGGCCGCGUCUGCGGGUCCCAAUGUGUCUCCGUGGCGGCCCCGGAGCUCACUUGGGAGGAGAAGCGGUGUGACUCCGAAGCAGACGGCUUCCUGUGUGAGUACAGUUACCCCGGCACGUGCCCCAAGCUCUCCCCCGGGGCAGGCGUGGCGGUGACCUACACCACCCCCUUCGGGGCGCAGGACAGUGACCUCCUGGUCCUCCCUCCCCAAACCACUGCCUCGGUCCCGGCCCUGGGCGUGGAGCUGGUGUGCCAGGAGCACAGCAGCGGGGGCAUGCGGUGGAGCUCCGCCAGCCCCGGGGCCUGGCACUGCCAGCUGGAGAAUGGCGGGUGCGAGGCUUCGUGCCAGUGGGAUGGCGGGACCCCGCGCUGCACCUGCCCCCAGGGGAAGCAGCUGGACCAGGACCAACGCAGCUGCUCUUCCCUGUGUGCCAACGCCCCCUGCGAGCACCACUGCAUCCCACUCACCGUGAACUUCACUUGCAUGUGCCACGAGGGCUAUGAGCUGGCUGAGGAUGGCAUCAGCUGCAGAGACAUCGAUGACUGUAAAACCAAACCGGACCUUUGUGACCAAGUGUGCAUCAACACCGACGGGGGCUUCCGCUGCCAGUGCCACUCGGGCUAUGAGCUGGUGGAGGGCAAAUGUGAGGACGUGAUCGAUUGCUACGAAGAGAAAUGUCACCACUGGUGUGUUGAUGUGCCCGGGGGUUACAAGUGCAGCUGCUUCAGCGGAUAUGCCCCAUCCCUCCAGGACCCCAACAAAUGUGUCCAAUUUUGCAACCAGACUGAAUGCCCAGCAGACUGUGAUCCGCAUACACAGGAUACCUGCUACUGCCCCGAUGGCUUUGUUCUGGAUCACUACAAUGGUAGUACAAAGAUGUGUGUUGAUAUUGACGAGUGUGAGCAAAGCUAUUGUGAUCAGCUGUGCACGAAUAAGCCAGGCAGCUACACGUGUCAUUGCCAGGAGGGGUACAGCCUCCACAAAGAGCACAAGUGUAUUUCUGAAGAUGAGUUUUCAGGUGAGACGGAGUCCUACCCAACAACAGCAGCCCCCACCCAUGUCCCACCGAAGUCAGACAGCCUCCACCCUGGAGUGCUGAUCGGAAUCAGCAUUGGCAUCUUGUCCACAAUUUUGGUCCUGAUGGCCAUUCUCUACCACCUGAUGAAGAAGCACUUCCCAGGUCAUGGAGCCAUGGAUUAUAAAUGUAGCAACAGGACAGAAAAGGAAGUGGUGCUGCAACAAGUCCCCCCGGGAUGCCCCUCUGCUUCCCAGAAACUGUAAAGAAUCUCAUUGGAUUGAAAGGAGAAAGAUGGAAUUGGGUGGAAUUUUUCAAAUUUCCCUGAAAAAUUUUCAAGGAAAUUUAUUAAACUAGCUGCAGAAAAAUAUGCUUUGCAGGAGAUGAGAAGACUGAAUGGCAAAGUGUAUAAUGGUGAGCUAAUCCCAUUUGUGUGUCUUCAUUUGUAGAUGCCUUUUUGAUUUUCCCCCCUUUUCCAGACUUGGCAAUCUUUACAGGGUUUCAAGAGAGAACUUUAUUUUUUGUGCAUUGAGAAAACUGCCCUUGUUUGGAACGGACUAUUGAAAUCUGACUAUAAAAGAAGAGUAUAUGCAAUGGACUAGUCAACAAUAAUAGAUUUUGAAGUGGUGUGGUGAAAGUGACUUUCAUCCAGAGACAGUGUCAUGAGUUCGUUCCCACAUCAGACUGGAGCUACUGAGCAAUUGGGGAGAGUUGGAAUGCUCCUGCGACAGACAUAGGUUUGGCUUAUUUUUUAAAAACUGCUAAUUAGUAACAAAUACCAAAGAUCUUUCCGUCAGUUCUCCUGCCUUCCAUCGUCCUGUCCUCUUUGUUAUCUGUAAGAAAUUGCAGCUCCCCACGUUUAUCUAUCUUAGAGGUUUGUACUGACACCCGUUACCACAGUAUCUGAGCACUUUUCAUGUAAAAUCAAUAGCAAAAGCAAAGCCCCUAAUGGACUUUAUGGAAUCUCUGUCCCUUCCCCCUUUCAGGGUCAGAACUCUGCUUAUUUGGUUGCUGUUUGUUUGUUUGUUACAGGUUUUUUUGUUUUGGGUACAUGGAGCUGUCAAUGGUAUGUCAUUGUUGCUAUGGUGGAAAAGCCUUCCCAUGUGAUGGUUGUGUCUUCCAGUCACAUUUUCUCUAGAGGUUUUGUUCCCCUUCUCUCACUGUCAGGUUAAAACACCAUUAACAAAACCACUUCAUAUUCUCUUAUUGAUAAGAACGUAUGAACCACCAUAUUGGGUCAGACCAAAGGUCCAUCUAGCCCAGUAUCCUGUCUACUGACAGUGGCCAAUACCAGGUGCCCCAGAGGGAAUGAACAGAGCAAGGAAUCAUCAAGUGAUCCAUCCCAUCACCCAUUCCCAGCUUCUGGCAAACGGAAGCUAGGGACACCAUCCCUGUCCAUCCUGGCUAGGGACAUCAUCCCUGUCCAUCCUCCAUGAAUUUAUCUUUUUCUUUUUUAAAAUCCUAUUAUAGUCUUGGCUUUCACAACAUCCUCUGGCAAGGAGUUCCACAAGUUGACUAUGCAUUGUGUGGAAAAAAUACUUACUUUUGUUGUUUUAAAUCUGCUGCCUAUUAACAUGAUGGCAUGAUGAUUUUUGCCCAGUGCUGCUAAACCCUCUGGCUCCUGUCCAGAUGGUUGCUAUGGGCCCAGUCCUACCCACACAGUGGUAAAACUUCCAUUCAGUGGAAGCAGGCUCAGGUCCUCUGUCUGCCAUCCAGUAUUAUAGUGGGCAAAAUCUGAAAAAAAUAUUUCCCAUUUUCCUUUUCCACAUCUUUUUAUCAAGUGUUGAGAUGAAGGGUUAGGAGGCUAUAAAAGCCUAGGGUCAGAUCAGUGUUCAGAGGAGAUGGGAAGUACAACCUUCAUGAGAUUGUGGGAGAAAAUACACCCAAAUGCUGAGGAUUCUAAGGGCCUUUUUCUGCUUCUAUUAAGCCAAUGGAAGCUUUGAGCUCUACUGGAUAGGGUCCCGUGCCUAUGAAAUAUUGAUGUGCAGCAGUGCUUAGUUUUCUAGCUGUACAUUUUACAAUUCUGGGAUAGCAAACCCAGACAUAGAGGUGACAGCUUGCAAACGAACUGAUUGAUAAGAAGCAUGCAGGCUACCAGCUGGUUGUACUUAAGAAAGUUUACUAUUAAGAGAUUGAGAAACUUGAUUUUUCUAAUCUUCCUCUUUUGGGGUGAAAAUAACUGUAGGUACAUACAAAGUGAGACUGCUGUCACAUGGUAUUGUUUUUUUUCCUGAUAUGUCAGCAUGAUCAAAGUACAUUUCAACUUUUGAAAAAAAGAGAAGAAAUGUGUUACAUGAAAUCUAGCUUUCUUACUGUAAAUGGUUCAAUCCACAGUUUUGUAAAUGCGGCACAUUUGUAAAUAGUUAUUUAUUUAUUGGAACUGUACUCUAUGCAAUGCAUAAUCACUUUGUGAUUUCACAGGCAUAUAAAUAAAGCUUGACAAACCUGGUUUAUAGAAAA